AUCAAUCAACUAUGAUGAUGAUGAUGAUCGGUAAUACUGUGUUGAAUGAGAAGUAAAUAUGCUGAAAUGCCUAACUUGGGUUCGUUCUAUGGACCAUCAGAGUACGGAUACCGGCAUGAUGAGCAUUAGUUAGCUCAUCCCUACUUUGGAUAUUACUUUAAGACCAGCUAACUAGCCAUCCUAGUUAUGAACAGUGGUCAGUGUGCGAUCAGAUAGCCUGCCAGGUGUUAAGUAUGCGAAUGUAAGCUUUGCACAAAUUGUAAAUAUUAUUAUCACGCCAACAUGGAUGACAAAUACAGCAGCAACGUUAUCUCCAGUGGGAAACUUGGGCGAGUCGAAGUACCAAAUGCCAGCCUUACAAGGUACAUAGUACUAUUAUGUUUUACGAAGCUGCUGAAGGCCCUGGGGAUAUUUGAGUCGUAUGACUUGCUGAAGGUGGUGCAUAUAGUGCAGUUUCUCUUCGUACUUAAAUUGGGAUGUGCAAUGCUCUUGGUUUUCUUCCAGAAACCAUUCUCAUCUGGUAAAAUGGUGACCAAAAGACAGUGGAUCAAGAUAUUUAAGCACUCGGUGAUCAGUUGUGUUAUUUCCCUGUUGGGCUUUUUUGGAUUAACACUCUGUGGACCAUUAAGAACACUACUACUAUUUGAACACAGUGAUGUGGUGGUCAUUGCUCUUCUAACUGUGCUCUUCACAAGCUCAGAUGGUGGACCUUCAAAGACGAGAGGUGCUGCCUUCUUCAUCAUUGCCGUGAUCUGUCUUCUACUCUUCGAUAAUGAUGACCUCAUGGCGAAGAUGGCUGAACACCCUGAAGGGCAUCACGACAGUGCUCUGACGCAUGCACUGUACACGGGCAUCUCUUUCCUUGGAGUCGCAGACCACAAGGGGGGAGUGGUGCUGUUGGUGGUGGCGCUGUGCCUGAAGGUUGGCUUCAACACAGCCUCCAGGAAGCUGUCGGUGGAGAUCGGCGGAGCCAAGCGCCUCUACGCCCUCUCCAACCUCGUCUCUGCCAUCGUCCUUCUGCCCUGGGUCAUAGUACUGGCUGCCACCACGGAGAGCAAGGUGGAGUCGUGGUGGGGCCUCAUGCUGCCGUUCAGCAUGGUGGUGUUGUCGGUGAUGAUCUUGGACUUCUACGUGGAGUCCAUCUGCGUGGCCAAGAUGGAGGCAUCCCGGUGUGCGCGCUACGGCUCCGCCUUCCUCUGUCUCAGCGGCCUGUUGCUCGCCAACUUCUGGACGCACCCGUUCACCGACCAGCUGCGCGCCAUCGGCAAGCCGCCGCCGCCGCCAGAGGGCAGCACUGAGCACGUGUUGUCGGGAGGGGUGCUGGUCAGCGCCGCCUUCUUCCUCUUGUCUGCCAACAUCCUGUCGUCCCCGUCCAAGAAGGGCCAGAGGGGGACGCUGGUGGGCUACUCGCCCGAGGGCACGCCGCUCUACAACUUCAUGGGCGACGCCCUUCAGCACACCUCCCAGUCCAUGCCGCGCUUCAUCACCGACUCGCUCAAACAGAUCCUGGAGGAGUACGACUCCAGGCAGAUCUUCUACUUCCUCUGCCUUAACUUGGCGUUCACCUUUGUGGAGCUCUUCUACGGGGUGUGGACCAACAGCCUGGGGCUGAUCUCCGACGGUUUCCACAUGCUGUUCGACUGCUCUGCCCUGGUGCUCGGCCUCUUUGCCGCCCUCAUGACGCGCUGGAAGGCCACCAGGAUAUUCUCCUUCGGGUAUGGGCGUGUUGAGAUCCUGUCGGGCUUCAUCAACGGCCUCUUCCUCAUGGUCAUCGCCUUCUUCGUCUUCGUGGAGUCCGUGACCAGGCUCCUGGACCCUCCCAACAUCAACACUGACAUGCUAACGCCGGUGUCGGUGGGCGGUCUCCUGGUCAACCUGGUUGGCAUCUGUGCCUUCAGCCACGCCCACUCCCACGGAGCAGCCAAAGGCGGCUGCUCAUCGGACCACGGCCACUCACACGGCCACGGCGAGCACGGCCACAGUCACGGCGGCGGGCAUGGACAUUCGCACGGCAGCCACGGCCAUUCGCACGGAGGAGGCAUGAACGCCAACAUGAGAGGCGUGUUCCUGCACGUGCUGGCGGACACCCUGGGCAGCGUAGGGGUGAUCAUCUCCACCGUGCUGAUCCGGCAGUUCGGCUGGCUGAUCGCCGACCCCAUCUGCUCGCUCUUCAUCGCCACCCUCAUCUUCCUCAGCGUCAUCCCGCUGAUCAAGGACGCCUGCGAGGUGCUGCUGCUCCGCACGCCCCCCGAGCACGAGAAGGAGCUCAACAUGGCGCUCGAGAAGAUUCAGAAAAUUGAAGGAGUGCUGUCCUUCCGAGACCCCCACUUCUGGAGGCACUCUGCUAAUGUCAUCGCAGGAACCAUACACCUGCAGCUGAUGUCCGAUGUGGUGGAGCAGAGGAUCAUCCAACAGGUGACUGCGAUCCUGAAGGAUGCCGGUGUGAAUAACCUAUCGGUGCAGGUGGAGAAGGAAGCCUACUUUCAGCACAUGUCCGGACUCAGCACCGGCUUCCACGAGGUCCUGGCCAUGACGCAACAGAUGGAGUCCAUGAAAUACUAUAAAGAUGGAACAUGUAUCAUGGACAAGUUGAAUGCGGCGAAUCAUGAGCGAGCGAGCGACUUUUUAAACCCAUUGGAUAGGAAGUGUGGUACGGUGCGUUUGCAUUGCAACUCAAUCAAGUGUGUUGUUUCAGUCGAACAGAGAAUACCCACAGAAAUGGCUCUCCGUGUUACAAGGAGCACUCGUCUGGCUGGCGAAAAUGUGAAUGUGGUAACUGCCAAGGCCGCAGUCGUCAGCAAGCCUGGGCUGAGGCCGAGGGCUGCCCUUGGAGAAAUUGGUAAUGUCGGCGGUGUGCGGCCCCUUCUGAAGAAGGGUGGCAAGGUUGAACCUACAAAGGUCGCUGAGAUCAAGCCUAAGCUGGAGCAGGCACCCCAGGAGAAGGUACCAGAAAAGCCCCUCAAGGCCGCACCACAAAUGGCACCGAAAGUUGAAGCAGAAGUUAAGAUCCUGUCUCCUCCUACCUCCCCUGUCCCAAUGGAGACUUCAGGCUGUGCACCUGAUGACCUUUGCCAGGCAUUCUCAGAUGCCCUGAUCGAGGACAUUAGGGAUGUGGAUGCAGAUGACUACGACAACCCUAUGCUGUGCAGCGAGUAUGUGAAGGACAUUUACAAGUACCUGAGACAGCUGGAGACUGACCAGGCAGUGAGGCCCAACUAUCUUGAAGGCCGGGAAGUCACCGGAAACAUGCGUGCCAUCCUGAUCGACUGGCUCGUUCAGGUUCAGAACAAGUUCCGGUUGCUGCAGGAGACCAUGUAUAUGACCGUUGCCAUCGUCGACCGAUUCCUUCAGGACCAUCCAGUCCCCAAGAAGCAGCUCCAGCUUGUUGGUGUCACUGCCAUGUUCAUUGCCUCCAAGUACGAGGAAAUGUACCCUCCUGAGAUUGCUGACUUUGCCUACGUGACCGACCGCGCCUACACCACAGCGCAGAUCCGCGAUAUGGAGAUGAAGAUCUUGAGGGUCCUCAACUUCAGCUUCGGCCGCCCACUGCCCCUCCAGUUCCUCAGGAGGGCCUCCAAAAUCGGAGAGGUCACUGCAGAGCAUCACACAAUGGCUAAGUAUCUUGUAGAGCUCACCAUGGUGGACUACCAGAUGGUGCACAUCCCUCCCUCUCAGGUUGCCAGUGCUGCCUUUGCCCUCACACUGAAGAUCUACGACUGCGGAGAGUGGACUCCCACACUGCAACACUACAUGGGGUACGCUGAGGAGGAACUGCUCUCGGUUAUGCAACUCAUCGCAAAAAAUGUCGUGAAGGUGAAUGAAGGGCUAACAAAACACUUGGCCGUCAAGAACAAAUACUCGAGUCAGAAACAGAUGAGGAUUGCCUCCAUUUCCCACUUGAAGUCUGCUAUGGUGAAGAACCUUGCCAAAGAGGUGUCAUGAGAUGGCUGCAAGCUCAUGUACAAAUUGUACAAACUGUACAUAUGGUUCAGCUUUUCUUUCUUUUUUCUGACCCUUCAUUAUGCAACUUUGAAUGAUUUUUAUCUUGUGCCCUUGUUUUUAAUAAAGUUUUUAAAUCCUUUUUA